UAUUUGUUAUUCGCAAGCUAGGUAUUGUCGAUGUGCGGCUUUUAUUGCUGACGUGCUAUCUACGUUAGCUGGUAUUAGCUGUCUAAAAAACACACAUUUCAGCAACUCAGAGAUGGAUGUGCAGGGCAGGAUGCUGGUUGCCCUGUUGUUUGGGCUGCUUUGGGCAGUGUCUUGCUGGGGUCAAGCACCAGUGGACUCGGGGGACAGGGAGGCCUUCUUGCCCCAGAGUGCCCUGUCUGAUGUGGAGUUCACAACAGUGAGCUCGUACCGCGGCCCUGGCAACAACGAUUCCCGCGGUAACAAAGAACUGCCCAUCCUACUGUGGUGGAGCGCAGGCCUGUUCCCCCACUUUCCCGGGGACACGGAGCGCAUCGACUGCGCCCGCUCGUCCUGCCUGGUCACACGCAACCGCAAAGUGCAGCUGUACCGCCGCACUUCCACCAUCAUCUUUUACGGAACGGACUUCCGGGCGUAUGAGGCCCCCCUGCCCCGCCUGUCCCACCAGGCCUGGGCACUGUUCCACGAGGAGUCACCCAUGAACAACUAUGUCCUGUCCCACACCCCAGGCAUCCGACUCUUCAACUACACCGCUACCUUCCGCCGGGAGUCUGACUACCCGCUCACGCUGCAGUGGCUGCCCUCGCUGGAGUACCUGCUGGCCCCACCCUCAGUCUCGCUGCCGGAGAAGAACCGCUGGCGGCGGGCGGGGCUGGCACCGGUGCUGUAUAUGCAGUCCCACUGUGACGUCCCUUCUGACCGGGACCGCUAUGUCCAGGAGCUCAUGAAGUACAUCGAGGUCGACUCGUACGGGAAGUGCCUCAACAACAAGCCCCUGCCCGAGCGUCUGGAGGACACGGGUACAGCCACGGGAGAGGACGGCCAGUUCAUGAGUUUCGUGGCCCGCUACAAGUUCCACCUGGCCCUGGAGAACGGGCUGUGCCCGGACUACAUGACGGAGAAGCUGUGGCGACCGAUGCACCAGGGCUGCGUCCCCGUUUACCGAGGGUCAUCCUCCGUGGCCGACUGGCUGCCGAACGACCGCUCCGCCGUCCUCAUCGACGACUUCCCCUCCCCCCGCAAGCUCGCCGAACACCUCCGGGCACUGGAUUCCGAUGACGCCGAAUACACCCGCUUCCUGGAGUACAAGGACCCGCGGCGGGUCACCAACGGCCGCCUGCUAGAGCGGUUGGAGAACCGGGAGUGGGGCGUCAACGACAUGAGCAAGCCCAACUACCUCAACGGCUUCGAGUGCUUUGUGUGCGACCAGGAGAACCGGCGACUGGCGGCUGAGCGAGCCCAUCGACGCAACCCUGGGCAGCACCCACCCCCUGAGCCCAGGAUGGCUAACAGCUCUCACAUGGGAUGCCCUCUGCCUGCCCCUGGCUACGGGAGCAUUGACAACGUUCCUCCCAACGACGGCUGGCUUCAGAUGUGGCCACAAGAUUACUGGCAGAGCCUGGACCAGGCACAGGGCCUGAGCUCCCUGAUUCAGCACAAUGAAUCAGACCCUGGGUUACUGUGGCACCACAUCCAGGAGCUGGCAGUGAAGAGGGCCGGGGGUCAUUGAAGAAGUGUGCAUCGCCACCUCAUUCAGACACACAGCCAGCCCAUGGAGAGUGAAAACAAGUGAGGUCAGCAGUGUCUGCUCCCAUCAUGCUGUACACUACAAAAGGGUAUUAGGUUGGAGAGGAUUUGUGUAUAUAUACAGUAUAUAAACUGCAAGACAUUCUCAGCUAAGCACACCGCCAUAGUCUUUCACUUUCAUUAUUGUCUCAAUUUUGACAAUGAUAAACUCAGGAAGAAAUGUAUUUUUUGGGCAGGGUGUGUGCACAGUUCUUUAUAUUCCAUCUAUAAAUGUAGACUUACUCAUUUACUGUAAGUCUGAAUCAAAUUCCUGAUCCAUCCAAAAACUAUUAAUACAUUUCUAUUAAUAUCUAUGAGCCUGUGCAAUACCAAAGGACUAUUAACAGGAUUAAAAGGUCUGUGUGGGUGGCAUAUUUGUAAUGGCUGAUUGCAUGGAGUUCUGGUGUUGACUGAAGUCCUAAACUCAAAGUAUGUGCAGAUAAGGUCUAUUGGCAGUGAGUUGCAUCAAAGCAUUUGUACAGAUAGCUACCUAUUUUCUUACUAUAAUUGCUCAUGUAUACAAUGUUUAAUAUUUAUAUAUGCAUAUUUAAAUCAUGUUCAUAUGAAACCGGACUAUUUUACCAUUUUUGUAAAGUUAAACACAAAAUAAAUGUGAAAAACA